AUGCAAGGUUUUACAGAAGGUUCAUUCAAGAUUUCUCAAAAAUUACAAAACCUAUGUAAUCUAUUGGAAAAGGAUGUGUCAUUUCACUUUUCUGAUGAGUGCUUAAAUGUCUUUAACACUUUGAAAGAAAAGUUAACUUCUACACCUAUAAUAGUAGCACCUAAUUGGGAUCUACCUUUCGAACUUUUGUGUGAUGCUAGUGAUUUUGCAAUGGGAGCGGUGCUUGGCCAACGUAAAGGCAAAGUGUUACAUGUAAUCUACUAUACCAGCAAAACCUUGACAGAUGCUCAGAUCAACUAUGGAACAACGAAAAAAGAGAUGCUAGCAGUGGUCUUUGCCUUCGACAAAUUUCGUUCCUAUCUGAUUGGUUCAAAGAAGAAGAAGUUGCUUUAUGAAGUGAAAUUCUAUUAUUGGGAUGAUCCAAAUUUAUACAGAAGAGGGACAGACCAGAUCAUUAGGAGAUGUGUGCCAGAGGAUGAGAUGAAACCUAUUCUUUCACGGGUUCAUGCUUCGAUUUAUGGAGGACACUUUGACCCCACUAAAACAGCAGCAAAUGUGCUUCACUAUGGUUUCUUUUGGCCUACAUUAUUCAAGGACUGCCACAAUUUCUGUAGAUCAUGUGAUAAAUGUCAAAGAACAAAAACUAAAGCAUUGCCUACAAAUGACGCGAGGGUGGUGGUGGACUUCAUAAAGAAACACAUCUUUAACUGCUAUGGAUCACCUAAGGCCAUAAUAAGUGAUGGUAGAGCUCGCUUCCGCAAUCGAUUAUUCCAGGCAGUGCUACAUAAGUAUGGGGAUUGGUCAAAGAAAUUAGACGAUGCUUUAUGUGCAUAUCGUACUGCUUACAAGACACCUAUUGAGAUGUCCCCAUAUCGACUAAUCUUUGGAAAAGCAUGCCACCUACUAGUGGAGUUUGAACAUAGAGCAUACUGGGCAUUGAAGUAG